UCUGUGGCAGCCGCAUCCCUCGGCGUAGUGGACAUCAGGUAAUAGGGUGUGGUACCGGAAACGUCAAUAUUUUUCCAUACACUGACGCCUGAAUUUCAUAUCGGGUGCGUGACGUAAUUCAGUGAGUGUUCUUGCACUGUUUUUUUUUCUAUUUAGUUCAGUAUUGUCAAUCCUAUUCAGGCUAUUGAACAAAUUUAUGAUAUUUACAUUAUAUCUGUACGUGUAGAUGUGUAUGUAAUAAAAAGGUUAUCGUUCUUCAGCGGAGGAAUAUUGCGCUCUGAGAACUCGUGCAUAUUUCCCGAUACAAAGCUAAUAUAAACCUUUAAAUAUACUCUCAAAAAGGCGAUAGGAUAAAUAGAAUAACAGAUUGGUACCGUGGAAGGAGAAAGUUUAUCCGACAAGGCGCAGGAAUUUAUCGGGUGAGCCAAAUGCUCUAAUAGAAAUCAUAUUCUGUAUACUUUUGCUAUUCUUGUCAGUAAUAAUUUUAUAGCUUAUGUUGUCAAUUUAAGUACAACCGGCCCUAAAUAGAAUUUGUUAGAUGUAUCUGUAUCUGUUGGUAUUACAUAAAACAUAUAGAGAAAAUAUUAAGAAAUGUUACUCAUAGGCAUUGCAAAGUUUCUCAUGGAUAUUUUAUUUUAUAUUUUAUUUACGUGUAUGUAUAAAUACAAAUCUCGCUACUGGCAGUGGUGGCAAUUGUAGCAGUAGUAGUAGUAAUAUGAGAAGGUCGUAGGAAUUAGGAUACAUUGUGGUGCCUUGUACCUGUGGGAGAGAGAGUAACGGAUUGGAGACAGUUUGUGAAUAAAUUAUUGUUAUUUCCCAUUUAUUUUGGAUGAGAGAGAAAGCAUAACGUGACUCUGUACAGAAAAUUAAUAAGACUAAACAGGGAAAACAGACUUUGUUCAUUUAUAAAAGGAACUUGAGUAAAGUACAAUUAAACUGUUGAUUACAUUACACGGUAUAACUUGUUUAUUUUCGUCUCCGUUGUCAGCUAAAUUAUUUACAUUUUGAUUGCUUUCCCGUUGUCAGCAUGGCAUUUCGUAUAUGGUUAUGUUCAGUAUUUACAUUUUGACCCCUCCGUUGCCACCAAGUACAUGUACUUUUUCACUGUAAAAGUGUUGACUUCUCUGUCGCCAUCCUGAUUUUUCACUUAAUUUUAGGCACUUGUUUUUCAUGUGCGUAUCUGUAAUCGUACUUUUAAAUCGGAAUGAAAGUAACCCUGUCAAUGCGAUGGUUUUAAUAGGACUACUAUCUUUAAACUGUCAACAUUUAGUUACAAUAGUUAACGUAUAUGGUUUAGGAAGUAAGGAAGUUAUCUUAAUCAUUGGAGCGUUCACAGCGAAGGAGAAAAAUUGUUUUUAUCACAGCUAAAAUAAUUCUGAAUAUUAAAAUUUAUAAGACUGUGUUUGUAUAUGUUUGUAGAAAGUCAUACUUAUUUAAUUCAUGUCCUUAUAUUACAAAAUGCGUUAACACGUGGAAAGUUCUAAGUAUUGUGAUUAUAUGAAGACAUUGAUGGAGAUAUUUAUUAAACAACUCGACAAUGGAUAAUAGCUUUUGGAGGCACAAUCAAAGGGAAUAGACAAACUUAGCUAAGGCUGCUGAUCACUAGGCAACAUCGCGUUUAUCAAAGAAUAAAAGGGAUUUCGUACCGAAAGGUGACUUCUCUAAAGAGGGUAACGACUUAUAAAGUUGACCUCUCAUGCAGCUUAAACUUAUACUAAAGCAAAUUUUCCUCGUAUUAAGAUAGUUCUGCAAAUGUGAAAAACGCGAAGAAAUGAAAUAAGCGAUACCGAGGUAAGGACUUAACAUUUUAAAGUACGUUGGUUCAAUGUUUCCUGUCAAAUCAUGGCUACGCCAUUGUAUUGUCCUUAUCUAUCGCAAUCAAAAUUAAAGAAUUGGAUUAAGGCUGGAUUAGGUGUUUUAUUUACUAAAGAAGGUAUUGAGCCCUUUGUCUAUGAUGAAAUAGAAUAAUUCCAGCAGAAAUGUUUGAACGACAUUUGCAACAACAAUGGACUUCCUGUUUGUACCACGUGUUCUAGUUGUCGCACAGAAAAUGUUGUUGUUUGUCCUACGAAUAGAAUUUGUAAUGCAGGACGUGGAAAAUGUAAAUUUCAUAGAGAUUCUGCAACGCAAUAUCUCCCCUCAGGCUGCCCUAACAAGAUAUGUCAUAAUUUAAAAAACGAAAUCCAGAAAGCUCAUCGAUUCUAUGGCCCAUCCUAUAAAAACACAGAUGCCACCCAGUGGUGCAGCAAUCCAUGGGAGGUUGCUAAAUGUUUCAUGCCGCCUGACGGUUACACGGAUGCGACGAAUGCAGCAGGGACAGAUUUCAAUGGAAUCAUCAGCGUUAUCAUGAACUAUGAAGCUUUUCAGUCGAAAAUUCACGACGAUCUUUCCAAAAAAUACAACAUCUUUGAACAGGGUAGAGAUGUAAGCAAAGUAGUUCGACAUUGUCCGAAAUUAGAGUUGGAAGAUACCGAUCUACAACAGUGUUUUAGUGUCUUACAGAGUCUGCUGUCAGAUCCUGCAUAUUUGUCUGCUAAUACCGAUGCGCAGAAUGCUAAAACAAAAUUAUUACAGCUUCAAAACGAUACUUUGGUCAUUGGUAAAGACGAUAUCCGAAAAGUGCUGGAUGAUAUUGCCAAGGCAGUCCAAGACAAAAUCAAGACUGAAAUGAAUGAAUACAUGAAGGAAGCUGAAAAGAAAAAACUAGAACUGAUCAAUGUCACGAACAAGUCUGUUAAGGCUAUUGGCAAUCAAGGAAAAAUAUCAAUCGCUGAACUAGAUAAUGCAUUAAAAUCUGCAAUUGAUGUAAUAGAAAAGCAAACAAAGGAAUCGCUUAAAAAAGUACAAGCAGAGGCUGAUAAAGGGGUUAACAAGUUGGAAGUCAAAGCCGAAGCUGGAGAGAAACAGAUAGAAGAAUCUACUGAUAAAGGGGUUAACAAGUUAGAAGUUAAAGCCGAAGUUGGAGAGAAACAGAUAGAAGAAUCUACUGAUAAAGGGGUUAACAAGUUAGAAGUCGAAGCCGAAGCUGGAGUGAAACAGAUAGAAGAAUCUACUGAUAAAAGGGUUUACAAGUUGGAAGCCAAAGCCGAAGCUGGAGAGAAACAGAUAGAAGAAUCUAUUGAUAAAGGGGUUAACAAGUUAGAAGUCGAAGCCGAAGCUGGAGUGAAACAGAUAGAAGAAUCUACUGAAAAAAGGGAUUACAAGUUGGAAGCCAAAGCCGAAGCUGGAGUGAAACAGAUAGAAGAAUCUACUGAUAAAGGGGUUAACAAGCUAGAAGUCAAAGCCGAAGUUGGAGAGAAACAGAUAGAAGACUCUACUGAUAAAGGGGUUAGCAAGUUGGAAGUCAAAGCCGAAGCUGGAGUGAAACAGAUAGAAGAAUCUACUGAUAAAGGGGUUAACAAGCUAGAAGUCAAAGCCGAAGUUGGAGAGAAACAGAUAGAAGAAUCUACUGAUAAAGGGGUUAACAAGUUGGAAGUCAAAGCCGAAGCUGGAGAGAAACAGAUAGAAGAAUCUACUGAUAAAGGGGUUAAGAAGUUAGAAGUCGAAGCCGAAGCUGGAGUGAAACAGAUAGAAGAAUCUACUGGUAAAGGGGUUUACAAGUUGGAAGCCAAAGCCGAAGCUGGAAUGACAAAGAUUUCUGCAAAAACAGAUGAAGCAUUAAAGAAGAUUGAGGUAUCAACAACAGCAAACAAAGAAGAGAAUUACAACAAGUUUAGAGAAGGAAGGCCAAUGGCAGAGGGAGGUGAGACGCCAAGUUUACUUCAAAGAAUAAUUAGAAUGUUUACCGGACCUACAUACAGGAAAAGAAAGAAAGAGCUGAAAGACAAUUUGACUACCUUCUACACAAAAAGAUACAGUACAAUACCACUGUCACCGUUAUUCGAGGAACAUGACACUCCCCUUGUAGAUUUUUACAUUUUGCCUGAAAUGAAUUACAUUGAAAUGCAAAAGACACUUCCACGUGGGGAAGAGGCUAAAAUUCCAGUAAAAUCGUUGUCGGACAUAUUCAGGUCUGGAAGUAAUUGUGAAAUAUAUUUAACCGCUGAUGCUGGAUUUGGGAAAACUGCAUUUUCAAAAUAUCUUGCACUCACGUGGUGCCAGGCUCAUAGUCCAAAAUGGAAAUACAAAAAGUAUUUCGCAGAAGAUGCAAUAAACACUAUGCGAGAAUUUGAGUUUUUGUUUCUUGUGUUACUGCGGGAUUCUUCUCAUGAUUGCAACAUUGAUGAUUUGAUAUUAAAUCAAAUUGCGCAAAAUUGGUCUCGCUCUCCGGCUCUAACAAUAGAUUUUCUACAGGAAAUUCUGCAUCGUGAAAGAUGUUUAGUGAUACUUGAUGGUCUAGAUGAAUGAAAUCAUCCCGAAAAUAUAUGUACAAAAGUACCAAAAAAGAUCCCUCAUCGUAAUACACGUGAAAAGUGUGUAAUCCUAACCACGACAAGACCUUGGAAAUUAGGUGUUUUGAAUCUUAAGACCAGUGAAAUAGAUGAGAAAGUAGAAUUAGUAAAACUAACCCCUGAGUCAGCACUGACAUUGGAGGAAAGGGCAAUUUCAAAAAUAAAGAAUUUCAAUGUUGCUGCAGCGAAAAUACUGGCCAAGCAAUUAAAUAAAAAAAUCAAAGAAAAUAAACUGGAAGAUCUGGAAUCCGUACCCCUUCUUACGAUGUAUCUCAUUUGUUUAUGGUGUGACGAUAUUCCACUAGGACAGACAAAGUGUGGACUGUAUGCAAGCAUUGUUGAACUCUUGCUGUCAAGAACUAUAAGGAAAUAUCCGGAAAUGGAACCUAUGUGCGAACCCUCCCAGAGAGAUAGCCCACAAUGUUUCCAUGAACAUGAACAUUGUACAAGAUACUGCACAUAUCUGAAAGCUUUAGGAAAAUUAGCAUUUGAAACUUUGUUGAGUGAAACAAAGGAGAGCACUCUUGUUUUUUGCAAGUCAGUGGCAGAUAAGUAUCUCUCACCAAAUUAUUUGAAAUUUAGUCUUCACUCGGGGCUAUUAACACAAAGUACAGUAAAAACACUAACUAAACAAAGUUUGAAAGUUUCGUUUUCGCACAAGACUGUACAAGAAUUCUUUUGUGCAUUGUACAUUAGCUGUCAAAAUGAAAGUGAUGUCAAAAACAUUGUUCUAAACAAAUGCAAAAGUUUACAAAAUAUUCUUGACAUGUCGACAGUGUUUGUUUUUAUCAGCAGAAUGGAUGCAGAAAUCUUUUCUUCAUUAUCACGCGAAAUGAUGUUUGUGAUCAGCGAAGAUAAGAUAACGAGCAAAUACAGGUUUACAACUGAUAAGGACUGUGAACCUCUGAAAGACAUACAAAACAUGUACAUUUCUUGUAUUAAAGAAAACGCGAACGUUAAGGAACUCAAAAUUUUCUGCCAAGAUUUUUUCUUCAGCAAAGAGUGUCAAGAAGAAAAACACUUUUCACAAUUAACACGGCUCGCAACAGACAAUAAAAAAAACAUGGAAUCAAUAAAUAUCAACACAAAAUUUGGUCCUAGUUUACGCGCAAUUAUUGGUUCGUGUACACUACACGAACUCUUCAACGUCAAUAAAAUAAACUACUACGGUUUAGGUGAACAAGUACAGCUUCCUGUACUGUUGAACAAGUCACCGAAAUGUGUCUCUGUUAGAUCGCCUGGUGGUUACCUUGGCCGUGAAAUAUGUGAAACAUUACAGAAUAAUUCUCUGUUACAAGCAAUUUAUAUCUGGGAUUUCGAGAUGAGUCACGAUGUGCUGAAUGACUUUCUGAAUUAUAUAAAAAACAGAAAAACACUGACGGAGAUUAGUCUGGGGCACUUAUCGUGUACCAAGCACCAUCGUUCGUGUACUUUCAGUUUAGAUUUUUGCCAGCAUUCAGAUCUAAGGAAGUUAGAAUUGUGCAUAAUACCUGAAGUGUCACAAUUGAAAGUUAGUAGUCAAGUGAAACACAUGACGUUGCGGGUCAGAACCAAUCUUGGUGAAAUGUCACUGCCUCCUGACAUGAUAAAUAUUGAACAUGUUGAGUUGUCGAUGGUUAACAUGUCUGCUUCAACAUUCCGUGAUUUCGUUUUUAACGUAGUGGAGAAACUUUCACACAAAGUCACAGUGAUAUUACAAGCUUGUAAUAUAGAACCGGAAACAGAGUUUGUAGACGUUAAACAAGACAUACACUCAUCUCAGAAUUUCCAAGUCACGAAAGAUGGUCAUUCUUUGUUUUGGGGAAAUGAGUUUGCGUUUGAAACAAGAGUUGAAAGUUAAGUGAAAUUGCCAGGUCCAGUUUCCCGUUAUACUUAAGAUAAAAGAUCGCCAAAAAUACUUCAGAAAAGCCAGGCUUCGCAUACAGUAAAAAUGCUUUGAAUUAAAAAUUUUCACUAUAGGAUACAAAUCAUAAUAUUUUACUACAAUUAGUUGGUAAAGAAAUGUUUGACUUUCGGUUGUGCUGGACUCAUUUUCUACUAAGAAAAGUGAAUAAGCUAGUAUUAUAUGUUUCAAAUAGUCACACGCGCUGUCAUAUGACAACUCAUAUUGUAAAAGGGUUUGAUUUGCAUAUAUAUUGGUAAUCAGGUUAAAGUGUUAUUUUGUGAUAUUUAGUUUUAAAAUGCCUGGAAAUGGCCGUUUUAUAGUAUUAUACUGUUGCAAAUAAAUACCAUGGCGAAAAAGUUACAGAAUUUGUACGGAAUAGUUCAGAUUUUAAUUGCAUUUUGUUUUAACAAACAAAUAUAUUGUGAGCAUAUCUUUAUGUUGUUACCACCAUUACUAUCUGAUUAUAUAGUCCGUAGACCUAUACUACAAAAUUUAAUAUUUUCAUGAAGAAGUCUGCUAAUUAAAGGGAAAAUCCUUAUUCAUUUAGUAUGGCUUUUAAUCUCUGUAGAAAAUUAUCUGUUUCUAGCGGACGACAUUCAUGUACCAGGAAAACUUUGCAGUGUCCGUAGACAAUAAAAUGGACUUUUCAUGAUUUUCUGGUCUUUUGGCUUUGGGACCAUGGAGUCCAUUCAAUAUAUGUGUAAUAGCAAUUACCCUGUGUACUGUAUACAUAUUUGAUACACUAAAUGUAUCUACUUGUCAAGAAGACAUUUAGCACGUCGAAAUAUUUAUGUGGAAUGUAUAUACGUGUACGUGUAUUUUUUAAAUAUUUUUUAUAUUUAAUAGUUGUACAUUUUUGUAGAUUUUAUAUAUUUCUCAUGUAAAUAUAAUUAUGUGUGCAUUCAAAAAGAUUUAUUCAGAAUUCAAUUUAAAUGAAGAGUUUUAAAAUGUCUGUAAACAGUAUCUCGUUGAAGUUUUUUCUAUUAAAUUGACACUGAUGCAUUUUCUGUUAGAUUGUGAAACAAGAAAGCGUGCAGAUAUUUUGAAUGUGGAUUUGUUUUAGUGUCAUAAAGUGUCAUGCAAUAUUGGGUAUUGUGUAGUUUAUCGACAUUUUUAUGAACAUUUCUUUUUUUCAUAUGAAAUUACUAGUGCUCUUUGACUUAAACACUUCAUAACCUACAUUUGUAAAAAGACUGCUUUAGAAUAAAUGUUUUAGUAAAGCCUGAUGAUAAAGUUUUUGUAAAAGAUAAAGUGGACUGCAACAAUGCUGAUAAACUUUUGACACUCUCUCACACGCAAUUUUAAAUGACUAAUAUCACAAUGAAAAUUCGAAAAAGACCGGAGUAAGAUACUUUAAUGAUCAGAUAAAGUACAAUUAAAACAAAAUUCAACAAAAUUCACUAUCUUUCUUUUAUUUGACUUAUUUUUCUUGUUCUUAACUUUCAGCUGUCCGCUGUAUUUCAUUACAGAUCUAAUGUAUUUCAUGAUAAAAUAUUUGUACUGUUCAUACUACCGUUAAUGGAUAUCACAUAUUACCUAUAUUUAACUGAUAUAUUUGCAUGAAAAUGCAUUUUGUAACGCAUGGUUUGUGUGAUUUCUUGUUACGUUUUCAGCUUGAAAUGCUUUUAAGUUUUAAUGCUGCCCAGGUAAACAGAACUUUGAAUAAAUGCAGUUGUAUAUGCUGGAGAUAUGGGCUGGGAUCCAGAUUACGUUAAACAGCUUUAUGGGGGCAAGGGACAGUAAAUUUGAAAAUUCCACAAAUCUGCGCUGAUACCAGUGCGAAAAAUUCAUAAAAAAAUCCAGUUUUGAUAAAUUCAAGACAAGUAUAGAACGAAUGUAUUGCAUAUACUUAGCGCUUCAUUAUGUGACAUCUUCAGCCUGCCGAUUCCGCUGCUUCUGUGAUAAAAACGAGUAAAACGCAGGUUUUAGGACACUAAAUUUUGAAGCAAAAAUGGCCCAAAAUGCACACCUUGCGCGACCUGUACGGUAUUAUCUGCAAAUGACUGACCUAAAACACCUGUAUAUUUUUGAAGCAUGUGGCCAGACGAAAAUAAUGGUGGGAAGAAAAGUGUCUCAUAACCGUUUACUUUUUCCGCAAAUUUGAGCUGAAUCUGGAUGGAUGGAUGACCGUUUCCAUUUCGUCUGACUUCCGUUACCUCAGGUAAGGUUUUAGACCCGGCCGUCUACACGGAGCUAGGAAAAUCGAUUCAAGCACAUAUUUAUUUUACUCGUACGCAGGAAUCCUUAGUUCUAUAAACAUCAUAAAUAACCAGUUGAAUAUAUAUGCCUUUAAAGUACAUCUGUCUAUUUUAUUUGAAAAACGUACCCGGGCCAAUUAAGUGCGUAACUGGCCCCUGCCACUAAAACGUGUUGCAAAUUAUUGGGUUAGAAUAUCAGUCAUAAACCAGACUAGGUUCAGUUACAGAGUGGCAAAGUAUUGUUAUAAUAUGGGCAAUAGAAACUGUAGAAAUUGGUAUUUUAGAGUAAAAAAACAACUUGUUUUUAAAGUUUGAAUGUGCAGAAUUUUGUGAUUUUAGUGUACCUAUAAACUAGAAUAUACUUGUUCCAUAAGUGAUGAGUUCUGCGAUGGACUGUUGUAUUGAUGAAUGGGUACAGUAUGUUCAUAGCUUAGUUGGUAAAGACAGUAAAAGUAAAAACAAGCUAUGCUUAUAUCAGAAGUUUAAAUUUGACUAUGAACAUGAACAAUAUGUAAAUAUGGUAAUGCCUUAUUGUCAUAGGUCAGCAUUAGCAAAGUUUCAAAUGGGGGUGGCCCCAAUUCGUUUAGAGACCGGAAUGUAUGAAAGAUUGGAUAUAAAUGAAAGAAUCUGUACUAUUUAUAAAUCAGGAAUAGAAGAUGAAAGGCACGCAUUGCUUCACUGUUCUAUGUAUAAUGAUAUUCGCCAGACCUGGUUUGACAAAGCUGUUCGUGUUUGUCAACUGUUUAACACAUAUAAUGAUACUGAAAAAUUAUGCCUCCUAUUAUCAAAUGAAAAUAUUGUUAAAUAUACUGCCAAAUCCUGAUCAGAUUUACAUAGAAUCAGAAGAGAUUGUUUAUACCACUAAACAAAUAUUCCAUUUGUUUUUUGAAAUGAAUAUUUAUAUGUAAAGAUACACAAAUGGAAUAAAGAUGUAAACUAUGUACAGUGUACUAAAUUAUGUCAUACGGUUCAUAGUUGUAUUUUCGGGUAACAGAGCUUUAUUUUUAUGACAAUGAAAUACUUUAUUGUAGUCAAAAGUAAUUUUAGACCUAUCUGUAGAUAAUGUUCCUUGUAUUCUUAUCUGGCAGGAAAUUUUAUAACACCCGUAAUAUAUUUUUGCUAAUCAAACUACAGAUAAUCUGAUCAUAUGUAGAUUAUUUGUCUUAAGACCAUUUUUAAACUGUCGUGCAUUAGUACCAUUAUACAAAUUCAGUGUCCUAUUUUCAUUUUCUUAUGGCAGUUAUUAGUAUACGGAUUAGCAAAUAUAUUUUAGUUUUACCUGCAUAAAUGUAAAUAUAGGCAUCAGAGUAAAUAUAGGUAUCAGAGUCAUAAGAGGCAUUUCUAUAAAUGCAACUCUGCUUAUUUGCUCAUUCAUCCACCCGCACACUCAGACACACGUGCAUUCAUUCAUUUACCCACACAACCACCCAUCAACCAGCUGUCUUACUUGUUCACUCACUCACUCACUCACUCAUAUCUGGACACACUCCUCCUGUUUACCCUCUCUUUUGCCCACUCAUCAAUAUACUAAUCACAGAGUCAGUUGACAGGAAGCGCCUCUUAUGACCUCAUACAAUAUUCUUACUGCUGUAGUUAUAUAUAUAUAUAUAUAUAUAUAUAAUUUCAUAUAAGUAAUUCUUAGAGAGUGGCCAUUUACAUUUGUGAUGUAUUUUUUACUGUUUAUAUGUUUUAUUGCAUGUAAAUGGAUGAGACUGAAAUAAAAUAAAAUAUAGAUAUGCAUGCACUUCCUGUAUUUACUGUUAUUUGUUUCAUAUUUGUAUUUGAUGAAUUACACUUCUCUUUGUUUGUUUUAUUACACGCUUCUUUUCUUUUUUUUUU